AUGGGCAAGAAGCACUGGAGGAAUUUCAUCAGCACUUCAGCAAAUUCCACCCCCACCAUUAACCUGACCGUUGACAGUCUUCCAGAAAAGCUUCUUUUUUUUAACUUGUAUUUUGUUUGGGGAAGGGAGGGACAGAUUCAUUACACCAUGCCAGAGGAAACCGAGAAAGGCACUUUGGUGUGGAAUAUUGCAAAGGACCUGGGACUGGAGGCAGAAGAGCUCUCAGCCCGUAGGAUCCACCUUGUUUCCCAAGGAAGGAGUGAGUAUUUUGCUUUGAAUUAUAAGAAUGGCCAUUUGUACACCACAAAGAGAAUAGACAGAGAGGAGAUUUGUGGUUGGCAGGAGAAGUGCAUCUUGAAUGUUGAGGUUAUUGUUGGGGACUCCAUGAAAGUCUACGGAGUUGAAGUGGAAAUCACAGAUGUUAAUGACCACGCCCCCGCUUUCCAAUCAGAAAUGCUAAUGAUCAAUAUCAGUGAGAACUCAGCACUGGGGUCCCGAUUUCCCCUCUAUGAAGCUCAGGAUCAAGAUUUGGGAAACAAUUCUCUACAGGGCUACACACUUAGUAGCAAUUCUCAUUUCUCUCUCAAUGUGCAAAGAGCUGUGGAAGGCAGACUCUACACAGAGCUAGUGCUAGAAAGACCUCUAGACCGGGAAGAUCAAGCCCAUCACAAACUUGUUCUCAUGGCAUAUGAUGGGGGGGAUCCUGUCAGAAGUGGUACUGCACAGAUUCAUGUAGUAGUUCUAGAUGCAAAUGACAACGCGCCUGUUUUUAGCCAAGUUACCUAUAAAGUCAAUGUUAGGGAAGAUACUCCUGUUGGUACCAUUGUGGUCACAUUAAAAGCUACUGAUAGGGAUGAAGGAAUGAACAAGGAAAUAAAAUACUCAUUAAGAAAAAUCACACCAAGAGCUUCUCAACUAUUCCAUUUGGAUUCAAACACAGGGGAAAUAACUCUGGUUGGAAACUUAGACUUUGAGGAGGCUACAUUUCAUGAAAUGGAGGUGCAAGUCCAAGAUGGUGGAGGUCUCUUGGACAGAUCCACCCUCAUGGUAUUUAUUUCUGAUGUAAAUGAUAAUGCACCAGAAAUCUCAAUAACUUCUGCCAUCAACUCAAUCCCUGAAGAUUCUCCAGCAGGGACUUCGAUAGCUCUUUUAAAAGUGCAAGACAAAGAUUCUGCGGAGAAUGCAGAAGUCACUUGCUCUCUUCCGGGCAUCCUCCCCUUCCUACUGACAAAAUCUUAUGAUAAGUACUACAGUUUGGUUACGACCAGAAUGCUGGACAGGGAGCAGACGGCAGCCUACAAUAUCACAGUCACAGCUACAGACCAUGGGAGUCCUCCACUUUUUACAACCACUGUUAUUUCCCUCAAGAUCCUAGACACUAAUGACAACCCUCCCUUCUUUCUGCAGUCUGUUUAUACUUCUUCUAUAAUGGAGAACAAUCCAAGAGGGGGCUCCAUAUUUUCUCUGAAGGCAGAUGAUCCGGACUCGGGGCAGAAUGCCAGAAUAACAUAUUCCAUUGUUGAAGACGACAUCAAAGAUUCCCCUCUCUCCUCCUACCUUUCCAUUAACUCUGAGACUGGGAUUAUUUAUGCCCUGCCUUCCUUUGAUUACGAAGAGUUCCAUCAAAUUAAGUUCCUGGUCAAGGCCCAAGAUGGAGGAUCGCCACCACUCAGCUCCAAUGUCUCAGUGACUCUCUUAAUUUUAGAUCAGAAUGACAAUGCCCCCCAGAUCUUGUACCCUUCUGUCCCUACUGAUGGCUCCACCGGAGUAGAGCUGGCCCCACACACCUCUGAGCCAGGUUACUUGAUCACCAAAGUAGUGGCUGUGGAUGCCGACUCUGGCCAAAAUGCCUGGCUCUCCUAUCAGCUGCUGAAGGCCACAGAGCCAGGGCUCUUCACCAUAGGGCUCCACACUGGAGAGAUCCGGACGGCCCGCCCCUUUCUGGACAAGGAUGCUCUCAAGCAAAGCCUGGUGGUUUUGGUGAAGGACAAUGGGCAGCCCCCUCUCUCUGCCUCAGUCACGGUCACCGUGGUGCUGGCCAACAGCAUCCCUGAGGUACUGACUGACCUGAGCAGCAUCUCUGCCCCUGCAGACCCCCAGUCGGACCUCACCUUCUACCUGGUGGUUGCUGUGGCUUUCGUCUCCUGCUUGUUUUUCACCUUCCUCCUUGUGUUGCUGGCACUCAGGUUGCACAGGUGGAGAAAUUCUUGGUUGUGUGAUUCUGGGAGUGUGAAUUUCAGUGGUGUUCCUGUCUCGCAGUUUGUGGGGAUUGAUGGAGUCCAAGCUUUUCUUCACUCUUAUUGUCAUGACUUUUCUCUCACCACGGACUCUCGAAAGAGCAAUUUUGGCUUUCCAAAGGGUAGCUCCUGUAAUACUCUGCCUAGUCAACAGCCUUGUGAAAUGAAGGAUCCCUUCCUUGUGGCUGAAGAUACUACACACAGGAACAGUGACUUUGCCGCUGUGCAGGUGAGCUAUCCUUGGCAAAGGUGCCAUCCGGGGUUUUGA